CAGUCAUCAAAGGUCAGCCUUGGAUUCAGGGGAUAAAAGGGCUUAAAAGUGAAAUUUGGAUCUCUGUUAGCCUCCCAUUGUUAGAGACUGAGGCAGCCAGUCCAGCAGGAUGAUCCUCACUCUCUCCCUGGGUCUCUUGGUCCUGGUGCACUGUGGCUGGAGUGUAUCUCUCCCAGCUCAGGUCCCCCUGACUCGUCCUCUCCUCCUGGAGCCCAGCUGCAAUGACUCUCGAGUGUUGUCUGUGGCGGGCCUUGCUUUGGAAAAGAUCAAUGAAGACCGGAAAGAAGGCUACGUCUUCAGACUCAAUCGAGUGGCUGAUGUCUUAGAACAUCAUCAGGAAGAUUUAGGCUCCGUGUACUACCUCACCCUUGAUGUGUUAGAAACGAAUUGUCACGUGCUCAGCAAGAAACACUGGAAGGAUUGUAAGAUGGUGCUGCCGCACUAUUCAGUUUAUGGCCGGUGCAAAGCCAUAUUUUAUGUUAACUUGCCAAGAAGAAUUCUCUACUUAGCUGCCUAUAAUUGCACCGUUCGUCCAGUUUCUACAGAAGACAUGGUCAGACUCUGCCCCAUCUGCCCUGUGCUCAUUCCCACCAACAGCUCAGAUCCAGGAAUUUUACAAACCGUUAGUGAAUCUCUGGAAAAAAUCAAUGAGGAGAGUGCAGUGGGGAAGAAAUUUUAUCUCUUCCAAGUCACCAGAGUUUUUACCCAGUGGAUAAUGGGUCCUUCCCUCCUCGUGGAAUUCUUAGUCACUGAGUCACCCUGCACCAAGUCACUGCCUGAACAAUGUCUGCCGCCACCUGCUGAUGCCCAGCCUGUAGGGAUCUGCAUGGGUUCUGUAAGUCGCAAGGUCUUCCUAAAGCAUGUCUCUGGGACGUGUGAAUUCUUCCAAAGCCAGCCAACUUCGGCCCCUGAGAGCCAUUCUCCAGAGCACCAGGUUCCACAGAAUCUGGCCUCCUCCAUGGAUGCAGCCCCACUGGAGGGGCUGAAGGGAUCUGUCCAGUUUUUACCUGACCCAUCUGUAGGGAAGAUUGAAGAUGAACAGGAAAAGAAACCCCUCCUGACCUUCCCUGCACAUGUCAAAUUGACUACAGAACCCCUGGGAGAGGUCCUACACCUACCAUCCCAUUUCCUGCUGGAAAAAGAGGAGCUGCCCAUUGUGCUUCCUUUCCCAGAAAAAUUCAUAAAAAAUGAGUGUCCAGGACCUGCUGAGUACCCUAAUUCUCUGAUUCUUCCACCAUGAAAGUAAUUUUCCCUCUGUUUCUGUCUCUGUCUCUGUCUCUGUCUCUCUGUCUCUCUGUCUCUCUCUCUCUCUCUCUCUCUCUCUCUCUCUCUCUCACACACACACACACACACACACACACACACACACAUAUACACACACACAUAUCUGGUGUUAUGCUUGGGACGGAGAGAUGGAGGGGAAAGAGAGAGUAUCUUGUAUCCCAUAAUUCCAUGCUGAGUAUAAUAAAGUUUUUCCUUUUUUGGCUCUUCUUUAA